AUGGGUGCCUCAUUCGUUCCCAUCACAAUUUUCACCGUUUUCUGGGGUGUCAUUGGUAUAGUAUGCCCCUUCUUCGCACCUAAAGGACCAAACAGAGGGAUUAUCCAAGUUGUUUUGAUGCUAACUGCUGCGACAUGUUGGUUAUUCUGGCUGUGUGCGUACAUGGCACAGAUGAACCCCCUCAUUGGCCCCAGACUUGACAACGAGACUCUCAUCUGGAUUUCUGUUGCUUGGGGAAACCACACUAAG